AUGGAAAUUCACAUUCUUUCACACAUUGAAGCCAUUUUUGUAAUUCUAGUCUUUGCCUUCCUAUUCUUUCUCAUAACAAAGGCAAAAAAUUGGAAAAAUAGCAAAAAAUUUGGACCAUCACCACCAGAACUUCCAGGUGCUUGGCCAAUUAUAGGCCACCUUCCUCAAAUCCUAAACGACACGUUAGACGGUCGUAGUAGGACCAGCACGGACGGUGAAAUUCCUCUGGCCCAUACUCUGGCCGCCCUGGCGGAUAAGCAUGGGCCAGUUUUCACCGUCCGUCAAGGGAUGUUCACAAUAGCUGUUGUGAGUAGUUAUGAGGCAAUAAAAGAAUGUUUCACUAUACAAGACAAGAAUUUGGCUAAUAGAGUAGCUACUUGUUCUUGUAAGUAUCUUGGCUAUAAUCAUGCAAAUCUAACAUUUGCAAAUUAUGGACCUUAUUGGCGUAUGGUUCGAAAAUUGGUGGUUAAUAAUUUGCUUUCGACUAAGAGUUUGGAGAGAUUAAAGCAUGUUCGAAUUUCAGAAGUGGAGAGUAGCAUCAAGGAGUUGUACACACUUUUUGUGGCUAACAAAGCAAAAAAUGUACCUACUAAAGUUGAUAUUGGCCAUUGGUUCGAUGAUAUGAUGUUAAACAUAACGGUGAAGAUGAUUGGUGGAAAGAGAUAUAGUCAGUUUUCACAUACAGUGUAUGAUCUAGCUAGUGUGGCGAAAGAGUCAUAUUUCGGCAUUGAAAAUUUGAUUUUUCGAUACAUCUAA